AUGGUAGUUCCUCCUGUAUAUGAAGUCCACAAGCUGAUAGACUAUGAAAUGCUACCUCAUCGAGUUAAAGCUGUUGCCUGUAAUACACAUCGGAAUAGGAUGGGAGCACCCAAUGAUAUUGAGAUCUUUGCUGUAGCCUGUGAGACAAGGGUUUACUGUUUUGAGGUUCCUAGUGGAAAAGUACCUAGAGUGGAGUUCGAAGUGUUCAUAGACAAUAAUAUAUUUUAUUCGGAUCAAUUCAACGAUGAGUUUGGUGUGGUAGAGUGGGGAUGUAUACACGAACGAAGGGAUCCUUAUUAUAUCCUUGUUGCAGGUAGCUUAGGCAUAAUCCGAGUAAUCAAUGCUCGGAAUUUCUCUUUACUUAAGAGCUUGAAAGGACAUACUCAUAGGGUUACUGAUAUAAAAACUGAGAGGAAUGAGGCUUCACUUUUUUGUAGUGCAAGCGAGGAAUCUAUUCGCCUAUGGUGUAUUAGAACUGGUGUGUGCACACAUAGAGUUGAUUUAUAUGCAGAAUUACAACCUGUUCCACCACCUUCUUCUCUGGAUUUUUACGUGCGUAAUAGGUUUUGUAUCUUAAGUUGUGGGGAAGAAACAGGUGUAAGAUUGUGGUAUCUGCAAGGGAAAGCUUGGAAAGAUGGAUGGUUAUUUAAGAAGAGAAAGACCCAAAAACUGGAUGCUUACGGAGCAACCCCACAAUUACUUACUGUAGACUCCAAUGUGGAUUUUAUUCGUUGUCUCGAUCGUACUAUUUUAACACGUAUGCCCCCGGAUGAGUUGGUGUUGUUUAAUUAUUUGGGUUAUGGGGAGGAUGGGAACCGCGAUCAUAUAAGAUCAUUUCCUAUUGUUAGCUCGUCAAAGUUUGAGAACAACUUCCAUUUCACACUUGCAGUGGGUAACAAUGAUGGACACAUUGUAAUCUGGAAUUUCUCUAGACCGAAAAAUCCUCGAAAGAUUGCAAUGCUUACAGACGGUGAUGAUUUACCAAUCACACAUACUGCCAUUUCUAAUGAUGAAUGCACUAAAGUUAGCAUCAACAAUGAUGGAAGAGUUAUUGUAUGGAAGCGUGCAACAUGA